CCGAGGUUCGCCGCAUCUUGACAGUGAACGAAUAGACCAUUCUGACAUCUUGGUGGCCUGCGACGUCCUGCUCAAGGCAGCACAAUACUUUACGUAACACUGACAGUUGAGUCUUGAGUCGGGGGCUCAUAACCUACUACUGGAAUUGAUAGGCAUGAUACGGCGCCCUGGAUGGAUAUGUAUACAAGAUACCCCUUUGGAUGGAUUGUUUUUGCAGAUUAUUCUAUUUUGGUCUGGACCUAGCGAUAUAUACCUUGCAUUUGGCGUUUCUCGUAUUACAACUAGUUUUGAUUAUCUGAUUAUGACAAUAGGAGCAGUGAUAUUGACAAGAAGACAGUCUCGAUCCUACGAGUUGAGACGUUCUACGUAUCUGGACCAAAUCUCUUCCGCUGGCCGCAGUCUACAUCGCGUGUCAACCGCUUAAACUGGACCCACUCGUAUAAGUUUUAUUAAACCGUUGCCCACCGCCGAAGUCAGGUACUGAAUAUUUAACAAUUGACAAC